AUGGAAGACAUCCAAGCCACAACCCCUCAACAAUCAGCACCUGCGACUCCAACCGCACAUGCACCUGUCCAUGAAUGGACGAACAGGAUGCCAUCGCCGCCUCACCUUGUGGUACCUCCCUUUCCACUAGAACAAGACGCGGAAUGGAACCUUAUUCCCUCACGCUAUUCGGAAUUCCAAGCCGGGGACUAUGCUCGAGUAUCCAUCGAGGACCUACAAAUCUUCUACAGCGCCCUCGACUGGCGCUACGAGCUACGACGCAAAGCCCAAGCCGUUCUUCCAUUUCUUUACCUCGGGCCUUUCAACGCCGCCCGCGACCGCGACUGGCUUCGCACUGUUGGCGUCACCAUGCUCCUUCAUAUUCGCGAGACGUCAUCCUCGCAUACCAGAUUCUUCGACUGCUCUGCCGUUGCGCGCGACUUGGGCAUCACAUCGCUCACUCUAGAUGUCACGGGUCAUUCGGGUCUCAUGGCAUGUUUCCCUACCGCAAUCCACGCUAUCAACCGCCACAUGUCUGCCUCGCAACGGCCUGUGCUCGAUGUUUCCGCCUUUUCAGCAUUUGGCGAUGCCGAAGCUACCGGCAAGGUCCUUGUGUUUUGCGAGUCCGGAAACGAAAAGUCUGCUGCCGUUGUCGCCGCGUAUCUCAUGGCCGUUUACGACUUGUCUAUUGUACAGGCUCUGCAGCUUAUCCAGAUUCAGCGCUUCUCUGUCUCCAUCGACGAGCCUAUGAAACAAAUGCUCCUAUCAUUUUCAUCCAUUCUCGAAGCCAAACGGGACGUGCUCCGUACAAAGAUUGAAGAAAAAUCGUCGGCGUCCUUUGGUGGUGCAGCAAUCACGACUCCUGAUACACGACCGCAGUUGCCUCCGCUGUCGACACUUCCCAAUGGAAUCGGUCCAGCGAACAAAGUCAAUAAACGAACCGUAGACGACUUUUACGACGGUGAGGACGUGUCCAUGGACAGUGUAGCGUCCCAUGAUGACGUUACUGGACAAAGACCCGGUUUUGCGCCCUUUCGGGGAUGA